GGCUACCAGUCGGAAGCUCGGAGCCCCGGGAAAAAAAAAAAAAAAAAAAAAAAGAAUAAAGAAAAAGGAAAAAUCCCAAAUUCGGUAUCCCUCUAAGCUUCUUCCGAAAUGGAGAAGAAAUAGCUUAGAAAAAACCCUACCAGGGUCUUACAGUAAAGCUCUGGAGAGAAAUUCCAUUAAUUGUCUCAUUAAUAGUGUUCUGCAUCAGCUCUGCAAGUUGCAUUAUCAGCUAAUGGCGUUGUAGGGAUUUGUCUUCGUCGCGGUUGGUCAUAGACGAUGAAGAGGAAUGGUUGGAGAUAUGAAAUUUGAAGACUCGUCAUUAACUGGAUAUCUCGUGAAGAAUCUCGAACCACUGACAGAGGCUGACCCUGUGAUUCUUGCUGAAUAUGUGGCAGCAUUACUAAAGAAGGACAAACCUGUUAAAGAACUACAGAAGCUCUGUGCUGAGAAUUUAGUUGAAUUUCUGGGUCAGGGUACAAAGUCUUUCAUCACAAAGUUGUUCCAGUCCCUAGAGAAUGGUUCUAUUGUAGCACCUUCUGAGAGUUUGGAUGCCAUCAGGAAGGUUGAACCAUCUCCAUCUUUCAUUGGACAGGAUCCGACAGAACUGACAAUUUCGUCACCAAAGCCAGAGGGCCUUUCUCCUAGUGGUUGCAUCAGUGACCCUGAGGAGAAAGAGGUCAGUGAUGAUGAGGACGAUGAUCGUAACCAUAAGCAUCGUAGGAGGGAGCCAAGAUCCGGGUCUUUGGACAAAGAUGCACAUGAACAAUUCUUGAGCAGGCCAAACAGAAAGCGUAACAGACCUUUUGAGAAUGGGCAGCUAUACCUCGAAAGUGGUCCUCAGCCUAGUGAAACACGGAAAGGAUAUAACCUUUCUCAUUCAGAGAGAGACCUUUCUGCAAAAUUUGAAAAAAGACGUCCUGGCAUAGCAACACAGCCGCGUGCUCCACUGGAUUUGGGUCAGAGAACAAGAGUAAAUCAUGCAUUUCGUGGUGAUCCUAGUGCUCGUUUUGAUUUAUCUACAUUGGUAGGUCGUCCACCAUUAGGUAGGGGAAGAGGAAGGAGUUCUGGCCCCUGGAGCCAACAUGAUUCAAGGUUCAACUCUGUGGAGGUGCUUGAUUUUACAUCGCAUAUGGGUCCACAAGUAGCCACACCUCCUACUCUAUUUCCUGGAAGGGGAUUGCCAAGUGUUGGAAAUGCUCAGAGUGGAUCCUGGAGUGCGUUUGGUUUAAUUCCAGGAAUGCCCAAUGGAAACCUUGAUACACUCCAUUCCCUUGGUUUGCAAGGAACUCUCAGGCCACCAAUCAAUCCUUCCUUGAGUAUCGGCAUGGCCCGCCAACGUUGUAGAGACUUUGAGGAGCGUGGAUUUUGUCUGAGAGGGGAUAUGUGCCCAAUGGAGCAUGGUGUAAAUCGGAUUGUUGUUGAAGAUGUUCAGAGCCUUUCACAGUUCAAUCUCCCUGUUUCACUUCCAAGUGCACGCCUAUUGGGGGUACCAUCUGGAACAGGACCUUUAACUUCAGUUAGUGCUCCUUCAGGCCUGUUGACGAAUAGCAAAGGUUUGCAUGGUAAAAGUACCAAACCUGGGACAAAUGAUGAUGGAAUAGGCUUGAAUGGGGUACUCUCUUCCUCUGCUGGUGUCGGUGAAGCUGAUCUUUAUGAUCCUGACCAGCCUUUGUGGAAUACUGACUGUCCAGAGACAUCAAGUGCCCUUUUAAGAGUCCCUUCCCCCAAGAUUAAUGAUGUUGAGUCCUUAUGGGAUACUGAUACGUCUUAUUACCACAGUUCAAGGGUUUCUGAUGGAGUUGACAGUGAACGACCAGGUAAAAGCAUCACAACAACUGCAUCUGUUUGGGGACGGAUUGGAAAUUCAGGAAUUAAAAUGGAAACUACAGACACAAAUGAUAAUGCAUUACCUUCCCUAGGUUCUCUUGGGAAUGAAGCAAAGGAAGAUCUUGAGGAGGCAUUUCCUAGCUUCCCUAGUACUGCUUAUCAAGGGAAAUCGGCUUUUAUGGGGGAUAAUGAUCCAAAAAAUAUGAAUUCUUCUACUACUCCGAAGCCACGGAAUGAUUCUGGACGAAAUGGUGGACGACCAUUGCAGAAGGCUUUACGUACGCUUUUUGUCAAUGGUAUUCCCCAAAAAAGCAACAAGAGGGAGGCUCUUCUUUCACAUUUUCAAAGAUUUGGGGAGGUUAUUGACAUUUAUAUUCCACUGAGCAGUGAAAGAGCCUUUGUUCAGUUCUCCAAAAGAGAAGAGGCAGAGGCUGCUCUGAAGGAUCCUGAUGCUGUGAUGGGAAACCGCUUCAUCAAGUUGUGGUGGGCUAAUAGGGAUAGCAUCCCUGAUGAUGGCAUCAACAGUGGCAAUGCUGUAUCAGCAGUUUCCCGUGGUGUUACAACAGCUUCUGUUCCCUCACAGCCAUCUAUUACUGAUGGAGCAAAGGAAAAUAUCUCAUCUGCACCUCUCAAGGUUAGUACAUCUGCAUCUGAUGUUCCAGUGCCUGCUGCUGUUCAGCCUAAACCUGUUGUGGUAGAUGGUCCCAAGGCUAUGCCUCCUGUGCAAAAGAAGCUAGAGAAUUUGGAGCUUUUGAAGGAGGAACUCCGCAAAAAGCAGGAAAUGCUGGACCGGAAACGGGAUGCCUUCCGCCGCAAGCUGAAUAAUCUUGAAAAACAAGUAAGACCCAAUUCCACCUUUGUUCAACUCUUUUAG